CGCAGCAGCAGCCACCUUGGGCUCCUAUGGCAACCAGCCUGCGCGUGCCGCUCGCCUGGGCGCGGCUGGCAGGAGCAAGCAGGAGCAGCCGCCGAGGACGAGACAUGCGAGCGUCGACCGGGGAACCGUCGGAGAGCAAGGCGGGGGACUCCGGGAGCCGGAUCUACGGCGAGAGCAAUGAUGGGGGGCAACCCUGGAAGAAGUUUGCUUAUGUUGAACCACCAAGGAGAGUUAGGGAAGUCCUUGAGGAAGAACUGUAUUUCCAGAGAGAUGAGUGCAGAAUCAGGCACCCUUCAGAAGUGGCUCUGGAAAGGAUUUGGAGCUUGAAAAGAAAUUUUCCUGUGGGAGGCUUCAACCCAGCAUCACAGAAUCAAAGCUGCUUCCUUUCUCAACCUUAUUAUUCCAGGCAUGCAGUCAUAAGAAGAUAGUCAUUCUGAAAAAUUUGAAUCUCCUUUGAUGGAAGUCGCAGAAGAAAAGCAAAUCUAUGGCUGUCACAUUUAUCUGAACAUAGACAAUUAUAUUUUAGUAUUUAUAAAGUUGCUUAUAAAAUAAAUUUUGAAGCUAUGCACCUGACAACCAUGUAUCUAAGGUGAUCAUCUCUGACUUAGGUUACUACUAAAAAAUUCACUAGUUUAUAACACAAAAAAAGUCCCGUCUUUCCAGAUUGUUCCAAUUAAAUUUGAAGUUGGUAUUUUAUAUUUGCAAGGUCCUCAAACGUUGUUAAUACCACGCUGGCAGUCUGAGCAAAUGUAAAACAGACAAGUCUAUCAUUAACUUUGAGCUCAAUUCUCAUGUUCCUAUUU